UUUGCCUCUACAAUCAACAGCAUUAUCUCCCAGUCGAACUUGAUAUCCAGUGAUCUAGGGGAGGAUAACAUGUUCUUUGAAAAGAAGAUUUUCACCGACUUGAAGAUCCACUGGUUGAAUCUCAUUAAUGAGUUCUGGCAAAUCGGCGUUGAGAUAGAUUCCUUGGUCGAAAAUGGCACUAUAUUCACUUAUAAUUUGCCUUUAGCAGCUGAUAUUCCCAACAUCAAGAAGCUUUCCAAGUCGAAUACUGAGACCUCUAUCCAUACAAAUCCCUCGUAUCGACGUUCAGCCAUGCUUUCAUUGUACGAUUCAAAUGCUCACCACAAGAUGCUCAUAUUUGACGGGUCACACAACGCUAACAAUGAGGAAAACCCACAGUUCUCCAUCAAUAAUCUUCUCUUACUGCACCAGUCGUCGCGAAUGUCAAUUAACACCAAGAUUCGUGAAUUACAAGAGCAUCAUCAACAACAACACAAACGAGCCAGGAAAAACUUGAAACAGUCUGGAAGACAUAACCAUAUGAACAUAAAAGACUCCUCAUUAGCACUUAAGAAGUACUCGAAGAAUGAGAACAAUCCAGAGGCAGAACCCGAAGAUCCAGAACAAGAUGUUACUAUAGGAAAUACCACUGUUUUCCAGCCCAAUAUCACGUCUAACAACUUUCAAUCACCGCCACAGAAUACAGGAUUCUCUACCAACGGUAACAUUAAAUUGCCGUUCUCAAAAGUAGGAUCGGUACUUCCACCUACCCCCGUGAAAAAGAUGGACUGCGUCCUCAAAUCAGACCAAGAGGCACCUGCAACACCUAUACUAGCUCCUCCCAAAAGACCUUCUUUCCAACGACCACCUACUUUCAGAGAUGGACCUGUAGAAUUGGGUAGAAGAAACUCAAUCAAGAGACUUGUAGACGGUUGGAGGAAGACGUUGGGCCAUCCUAGGUCAAUCAGAAACUCGGCCACAACUUGUUACACCAAUACAGAGAAUAAAAACGAAGAAUUGCAUAGACUCAUUAACAAUGCCAUCAGCGUUGCUUCUGACGACGAGGAGGAAGAAGAAGAAGCGGGCAGAGUUGAUAUCUUGACUGCCAGAAUCAUUGACGAGUUGGAGUACUUGAUCAGAUACUACGUUGGUAACGAUGUUGGUAACGACGUAGGACACGAUACGAUUCUUGAAGAUGAUGCCCAGCAGCUGGACUUCCAGCUCAAGGGCACUGAUGACGAGUUUGUAGAUGUAGAACCAAAUAUGGAAGAGGGCAACGACGAGUGUGACACCAAGUCUAUCGAUAUCAUGGGCUCUCCAGCUAAGAAACCAAGAAUAUCGAUAGCUUCGCCCAACGCAGCUAUGGUAGGUGAGAUAGAUGGAGUGUUAGAUGACGAAGAUGCCAGCGACAUGGACAUUAAUGACUUGUCGGAGUUGAACAUCGUCAAGAUAGACAAUUUGAUCAAUACUGAAGAUGACAUGGAAAAUAACCAGAACGAUGACAAAAAGCCAAAUACCCUUAACUUGCUCGAAGCUUCUGCUUCCCAAGAGUCAUCGUUCCAAAGACCAACCAGCAUCAACUGGAACGACGAAGGGAAUUUGGAUCUUGAGAAUUCCAACGUUAAUGAGGCAUCUGGAGACAUCGAUGAUGAUGAAGAAGAGGAAGAAGAUGAACAGGGAGCCGUACUAGUAGAAUCUACAGGGGUCUUGCUCAAUGGUGCUCAAUACAAUGUUGGUGAAGACAUCCAUCUGUUUUCUCCAUUCAAUCAUGCCAAUAACUCCAACGAUACAUCUAUCUCUACACCAAGCAACAUCACUCAAUAUGAUGCCGAAAUCGCUGACUUGGGAAUCGCUUUGAGUCCUCAGCUGAUGAAACAAACAACACAGUAUCCACAGAUCAAGAGGAUAAGCUUCAGUGAAAACACUUCUUUCCAAGCAAGACGCACUUCUACCAUGUCAAGAUCUUCUGGCUCUAUUUUGAGAAGAGAUUCAGUUAAGUCCUACCUCAGUUAUGAUUCUGCAUUCUCCGUUUCCAACGGUUCACAUGGCUCAGACCAGAUCUUUGAUCAUGACACUGGUUUGAGAAAGAAAACUGGUUACAACGACUUACGAGUUUUGGCUGGAAGCAAUGGUGAUUCUUUGACUGCUGAGGAUAGAAAGUCACUUGAGCUUGCUGCCAACGUCAAGACUACGUCUAUGAAUUCAUACGUUUCCAGAUCUUCAUCUACAAGGAAGAGUAUUAGAUUUAGCACGUUGUACGCCUUAACGGAAUUACCAUUCAAUGCUAGUGACGAGAAAGUGUACCAAUCCAGCAGAAAGGCCUCUCUAGUUCAGAGAUCAACAAUGUCAGAAGAAAUGGAAGACAGCUCGAUCUUUUCUGUCACUAUGAAGAGCAACAAGAAUUCUGUCAGAACAAAUGGUGGAGAAGGUCGUUCUAGUAAUGCUGGAUCAGACCAUUCAGUAGCAAUUCCUGGAAUCAGCAACAAUGUCUUGAAGGAAUUGGCUGCUAUUCCAGAUGAAUCAUAUCAAUCUAGAGAUCCUGUAGAAUUUGCUUUGAACAAAUUGGAGGGUAGAAGGUCCGAAAGCACCUCAAUCAAAAAUCGUAAUAGCGCCAAGAGCGAAGAACCUACGAAUGCCGAAGAAAUUCAUGAACUCAAGCAGCUGAACAAUACAGAGGAAAUACUCCACGCAAUCAACAAUGCCAAUACGGAGGAUGCCAUUGAAUUUACAGAUUACGAUAUGACUCAAGAACCUCCAUUGACACCAAUCAAAAAGAAGAGCAAUCCAGCAAAGAACCCAAUCACUUCCACUCCAAACAACGAUAGUAUUAUCUACCUCAACCAAUCGGCUAUGAACACCCGUUCUUCUAGUCCUGUAUUCCAGACUCCAAAGAUAAUCUUGGACAACUAUUCAUUACAUAAUGUCUAUCUUUCAGUUGAGAAUGUAAUGGAUAACGAGACACAUAUAUCAUUUGUGUUAAGCAACGACUCGACAUCACUAGCCAACCAUUUCACCAUGAUUGAGAAGGACAUGUUACAGGAAGUGGACUGGAAGGAAUUGAUUGAGUUGAAAUGGAACAAGGAAUUGAAUCCAGUGAAUAGUUGGUUGGAAAUCAUCGUCAACGACAAGUACUACAAUGCCAAUAAGGGUGUAAAUUUAGUUAUUGCCAGAUUCAAUUUGAUGGUCAAUUGGAUUAUUUCAGAAAUCAUCUUAACUAAAAACCAAAAGGAAAGAAUCAGUAUCAUUUCCAGAUUUAUUCACAUUGCUCAGAAAUGUUACACUUUGCAGAAUUUCUCAACUUUGAUGCAAGUCAUCUUAGCACUCACAUCCGAAAAGGUUCAACAAUUAAGAUAUACUUGGAAGAAUUUGGCUCCUGGCGACAUUUUGAUGCUCAAAAACUUGGAAGAAUUGUCUUCUCCAUUGAAGAAUUUCUUGAACAUCAGAUUGUGUAUUAACCACAUGAAGCCCUCGAAGGGUUGCAUACCAUUUGUUGGUCUUUAUCUUUCUGAUUUGGUGUUCAAUGCCGAAAGACCAACGUUCAUAAAAAGGGCUCCAAGCUUUCCAGAUCUAGAUGACACUGCUUCUACCAUUAAUAGUCGAAACGAGUCUGAAAAGUUAGUCAACUUUUCAAAGUUCAGAACUUCGGUUCAUAUUGUCAAGUCGUUGUCUCAGUGUAUUGAGUGGUCCUCUAACUACGAGAUGGAAAUCGACCCAGAUUUAUUGUCCAGAUGUCUUUACAUCAAAUCCUUGGACGAAGAGGAAAUGAACUACUGUUUGGAGAACAUUGACGAUUAUUAGUAUUUUUAUUUUGUAUUCUUAACGAGAUCCCUAAAGUGCGAUUGCUGGUUUCUCUUUCACUUUCAUUUCGUCACGUUUAAUUAAUUAAUCCUUAUCGCCAUUUUGAACAUGUGUAAAACUAUGUACACUAAUAGCCGCACCGUUUUUCGCAGCCAAAAGUAGCCAAUAUACAUUAAUAC